AUGUCAGCCCCGCCCUUCAAGGUCAAGGCCGUCUAUGAAUACGCAAGCCCCCACGAAGACGACCUCCCCUUCCCCGAGGGCCAGAUCAUCACCGUCGUGGCUCUCGAAGACGCAGACUGGUACGAAGGCGAAUACACCGACGCUUCAGGUGCCAAGCACUCGGGCUUGUUCCCCAAGAACUUUGUCGAGCGUUACGAGCCAGAGGUUCCCUCACGACCGGCCAGACGCCCAGCCCAAGACGUCCGCUCUCCACCACCGCAAGCUCCUGUCCCCGAACCUGGCCCUGAUGACGACGAUAGCUUCUCCGAGCCACCUCCAGUGCCUGUCCAGUCCAAGUCGGUCAUUGAGCCCGAAGCCGCUCCAGUCCCGCUUCCACCUCGCGACCUGUCCCCUCCUCCACCCACCGUCAGAUCACCACCUCCCCAGGCGGAGCCAUCGGCUCCAGCUCCCUCAGAACCCGCCAAGUCGGAACCUGUCAAGGCAGAGCCCUUUAAGAAAGAGCCCCCGCCAGUGAGCACCAAGCCCAGAGCUGCUCCCGUUGCUCCCUUCAAGCCCGCCGCUCCCACGUUUGUCAAGAAGCCAUUCGUCGCUCCUCCCCCGAGCAAGAAUGCAUACAUUCCUCCACCCAAGGCUGAGCCGGUUCAAAAGGUCUAUCGCAGAGAGGAAGAUCCCGACAUUCAGAAAGAGCAAGCCCAAGCAGAGGAGAAUGCCGCAAAGGCCGGUCUCUUGCCCUCGGAACAUCCGCAGUCGCCUACUGGUGACGAAGAAGAGGACCAGCCCAAGCCUCAGAGUCUGAAGGAGAGAAUUGCCAUGCUGCAGAAACAGCAGAUGGAGCAAGCAGCAAGAAAGGCAGAUGUCAGCGAGAAGCCCAAGCCAAAAAAGCCCGUCAAGAAGAACACAGACGAGUCAACAGCAUCUGUUGUACCUCCGCCCGUUCCUCAAGCACCCGUCGCGGCUGCUGAAGAGGACGAAGACGAAGUGGAAGCCGAACAGCACGAACGCCAAGUGCGCCAAUCACUCGACCAGCCUCUUGAGCGUGAACGAACCCGCGGAGCUUCUGCUCCCGGUAUCCCUCGCGAAUCGGCAGUUCCUGUUGUCGGCCAUGAAGCAUACAGCGACGCAAACGAUGCCGACAUGUCUGGAGCUGGAGAAGUCACAGAAGAGAACGAGGUAGACAGCGACUCGACCCAACCCGCCAGAAAAUCCAUGCAAUCUCAGCGAGCACCAGCAGCUCCCGUCCACGAAGCGGACGUUGGUGAUCAACAGGACACAGCCGAGGAUGAUGAGAGCGAAGAGGACGAGAUGGAUGAAGAGACACGGCGCCGCAUGGAGCUGAGAGCGCGCAUGGCCAAGAUGAGUGGUGGAAUGGGCAUGGCGGGCAUGUUUGGAGCUCCUGCUGGCAUGCCUGGCAUGAUGGCUCCUGCUCCCCCAAAGACCAAGAAGAGCAAGGAGACCAAGCCCGAGCACGACGAGGCAGCUUCAGUUGCUGCUCAAGCACCUCGCGUUCCUGUCAUGCCCAUGCCUGGCAUGCAGACAGUGCGCAGCCCUGAAGUCGAAGACAGACAGCUUGCCGUUGAGAAGGAGGCUGAACAUGACACGUCAGUCACAGGCGAGAGAGCGCCUCUGGACGUACCAGAUAUCGAAGAUGUCAAGCCUCAGCCACCACCACACAUUGAGCCCGUACACCGCGUUCCCCCAGUACCUCAAGAGCGUCCUCUAGCAUCGCCAACAAGCGAGCGUGCUCCUCCUCCACCAGCACCCAGCGCUCGUCCUGUGCCUGCCCCACCAGCACCCGAGAGCCGUGCCGUUCCUCCCCCGCCUCCACCAGUGAACACGCAGAUGGACCCCAGCGAAGGUGAAGAGUCUGAUGACGAGCGUUCUUUGGCUCCCACCAGACAGUCAACAGACCUGUCUCGAGGCGUCCCUCCACCCGUUCCCCGACCAGAGGCCAACCGCUCGCCGUCAAUGGGCUCGACAAAGCGGGCUUCGACCUUUGGCAGCCUAGACGCCAUGUCGCCCACUUCUCCUGCCACUCCUGCAUCCGAAAGAAGACAAAGUCGUAUUCCUCCCAUUCCUGGCACUUUGUCAACACCUCCUCAGGCUCGUGCCCCUCCUCCGCCGCCACCCACCGGUGCUCCUCAACUACCUCCCAUCAUUCCCAGCGCUCCUCUUGGCGAGCCUGACCAAGGCGAGAGCGAGUACGAAGGUGACUACGACACAGACAUUGCCUCGAGCGUCAACCACAAGGAUGCCCUCAAGUCGCACACAAGUCACGACGAGGUAGACGUCCCGAUCCCGGCCCCUGCUCCUCGUGCUGUCCCUCCCCCUCCACCAUCUCAACCUCCGCCAGCAAGAACCUCGAUCGAUGCUCCUCGCAUUGCUCCUCCGCCUGUUCCCGUCCACCCGCCUACACAGUAUGAACAGUACGAGGAUGGGGAAGACGACUACCAGGAACCUCCUCGCACUCUUCCAAUCCGUGCUGUGCCUCCACCUCCACCUAGCGCACCAGCUCCUGUUCCUGUCCAGCAUGAAUAUGCGGAUGAAAGCUCCGAUGACAUGUACGGCGCCUCACCCCCUCGUCCGUCAAUGGAUCGCCCGCCUCCGCCACCACCUGUCGACCAGGACCGUGCUGCACCUUUGCCUCCCUCUCAGCCACCGCCGCCUGCUCGUUCGGCGACACAUCAAUCUCGACAGUCUCUCGAUGUCGGACGUCCUUCUAUGAACAUGCGUCGUAGUAUGGAUGUUACCAGACCUCCCCAAGACGGCCACAUUGCCACAGACGUUGAUCUAGCUGAAAGCACUCUUUGGUGGGCACAACCCAACACUCCGCCCCCAUCUUUCCAGAACCGCAGUGAUGUUCUGUUCGAAGUCGAGGAAAACGUGACACAGAGACGUGGCGGUAGAACGGCAAUCACAAAAGACAUUUACGUCCUCUUUAUCGACUACAGCCAGACUGUCAUUACCGUCCGCUACGACGGCCAAAACCCCCAAGAAGCCUCGUUCGAACAACGCCACGAGCCACCACCACCAAGACUCCGUCAAGACCAGCUGGAAACCGCAUGGCAGAAAUACGGCGCCCGCAUCUCUGAGGCGGCGGCUGCGAAGAAGGAUCAUGUUGUCGGCAACGGUAGCCCCAACGCCCUAGUCCUCGAUCUGCUCAGCCCCUUCACCGACGCCCUCAAACCAGUCGGCAGUCGCGCCUACGGCGCCCUCGUCUACGCCAACCUCGCCAACGCCAGCGUCCAACAAUUCGACGAAAUUCGCCCUGGCGACAUCAUCACCUUGCGCAAUGCCAAACUCCAAGGCAAACAUGGAGCUAUGCAUAAAUCAUACGCUGUUGACAUCGGCAUGGGUGCUGGACACGUUGCAGUGGUUGUUGAUUGGGAUGGCACGAAGAAAAAGGUCCGGGCUUGGGAACAAGGGAGGGAGAAGAAUAAAGUCAAGAUGGAGAGUUUCAGAUUGGGGGAUUUGAGGAGUGGAGAGGUGAGGGUUUGGAGGGUUGUUGGGAGGGAGUGGGUGGGUUGGGAUUCGUGA